AUGGUCAGCCUGCUCAGCGUCGCGUGGGCCUGUGCUGCACUAUGCUCUUUCGCUGAAGCGCGGAGCGUGAUUGCUCAUUUCAUGGCACAAAACUCAUAUUCAUACUCGGUCUCGGACUGGACGAAUGAUAUCAAGACGGCUCAAUCCAUCGGUAUCGAAGGGUUCGCCGUCGAUGACUACGAAACGAGCCGCAUCGCCGACGCCUACACCGCCGCCGAAGCCCUCGGCUUCAAGCUGCUCUACUCGUUCGACAUGUCCUACCAGUGGUCGCAGGACGCCAUCGUUUCGCUCGUUGUCGCGCAUGCGUCUAGCCCGUCGACGUACCUGUGGAAAAACCAGGUUCUGGUAUCCACCUACUCCGGAGAGAACAAUUGUAAUGAUUUCUGGGCGGGCGUCAAGAGCAGCUUGCAAAGUCAGGGGAUCAGUAUUUCGCUCGCGCCAGCGUUCACGAGCUACCGUGACCCGUCUAAGGCGGAUAGCGUGUUCUCCAACUUUCCCGCUAUUGACGGGUUCUUCAACUGGUGGUCUUGGCCGGACGAUGUCGACGCGAAACUAACCACCGACACUGAUGUCGCCUACCAAUCCGCCUUAAAGGACGCAGGCCGUUCUGGCCCUUAUAUCAUGGCCGUGUCACCUUGGCAGUUCAAGAACCUCGGAGACCCCAACAACUGGGUGGAGCUGAGCGAUGACCUCUGGAACUACCGUUGGCAACAGGCUCUCCAGGUCGCCCCCGACAUUGUCGAGAUUGUCACCUGGAACGACUAUGCCGAGUCGCAUUACAUUGGGGACAUCAAUCCGAACGUGGACCUUGGUACCCUCGCACCGAACUAUGUGAACGGGUUCGUGCAUGGGGACUGGCGGAUCCCUGCACAGUAUUACAUCCAGAACUACAAGAAUAACACAGCACCGAGUAUUUCGACUGACACUGUCGUAUUCUGGUACCGUGCCCAUCCGAAGGGCGUCACCUGCAGUACUGGGACCCUCCCCCGCAACGCCGCUUUCCCUGCCGACGCGGUGUUCGCCAUGGCCAUCCUCUCAUCUCCCGCAACGAUCUCCCUUGACAUCGGCUCCAAUCACGCAGAGUUCCAAGCCGAUGCCGGAGUGACCAUGGGCUCCGUGCCCUUCCCAGCAGAGGACUCACAGAUCCCGUACAUCCAGAUAAUCAGGAACGGAAAUAAGAUCGCUGACGGGUAUGGGAGUAUGUAUGUGACGAAUGCGUGCAGUUAUUAUAACUUUAACCCGUGGGUGGGGAGCAUUAAUGCUUAG